AUGAAGCUCCUCUACCCUACCUCCGUGAAACUCGACGUGCAGAGUCUACAAGGAUUCUCCGUCUCUCUCCACCCCUAUGAUGUCAAAUCCUCCAUUCCCGAGGAACACGUCGACGCCGAAAUCCUAGUGACCUGGGCCAACAGUUCCGACAACCUCAAGGAUGCCGCCCAGCGCCUGAAGAACCUCAAAUGGAUCCAGUCCCUCGCCGCUGGUCCCAACGAUGUCCUCUCCGCUGGAUUCGAUGCUUCCGCAAUCGUCGUCACUACCGGCGUUGGUCUACAUGAUUAUCCCGUCGCGGAGCACACGCUCGGUCUGUUGCUGAACGGUGCGCGACACUUUUACGAAAUGCGCGACUAUCAGUUGCAGUCUAAGUGGCCUGGUCAUUUGGGCGGUUCUUUCCCGCGCUCGGAUUUCACCACCUUGCGCGGUUCUCGCGUGCUUAUUUGGGGAUAUGGAAGUAUUGCGAAGACGCUUACUCCGUAUCUGACUGCACUCGGUGCAAAUGUGCGCGGUAUCGCGCGGAGUCAGGGUGUGCGAAAUGGCGUUGAAGUCUACGCUGAGGAUAAAUUGCCUGAGCUUCUCCCCGAGACAGACGCUCUUGUUAUGAUCUUGCCCGGCUCGGAUUCUACAAUCAACGCUUUGAACGCCGAGAGAUUGAAGUUGCUUCCUAAGCAUGCUUGGGUUGUUAAUGUUGGUCGUGGUGUUUCCGUCGAUGAAGAUGCUCUUGCGGAUGCACUGGAGAAGGGUGAGAUUGCUGGAGCCGCGUUGGAUGUGUUCAAGGAGGAGCCUCUUCCUGAGUCUAGUCGGCUUUGGAAGACGCCCAACCUUAUUAUCUCCCCUCAUGCUGCUGGUGGGAGGCCCCAGGGUUGUGAGGGCCUGAUUGCGGAUAAUCUACGACGGUUCUUGGCUGGACAGCAGCUGAAGAAUGUCAUCUAG